GGUCUCAAAGCUUAACUUCCAUCUAAAAAAAAAUGGGUAGGCUAGAUGGUUAUAUUCCAACAAUGGGUAUGAUAGGGUUACAAUUUCAUUAUGCAGCGCUUGCCAUCUUCACAAGAGCUGCUCUGGUAGAUGGGUUGAGUCCCACGGUCUUUGUAGUGUAUAGGCAAGCCAUAGCCACUUUGGCAUUGGCACCUAUCUUUUUUUCCUCUAAGCGGAGACAAUCUUUUAAGAUUUCAUUGGGAUUUAGGAGCUUCUCUUUGAUGUUUCUGACCUCUCUUGUUGGUGUUACAGCAAAUCAGAAUGCAUAUUUUAAAGGUUUAUACUAUGCGUCUUCUACAGCAGCUACUGCAAUGAGUAAUCUGAUACCUGCAGUAACUUUUGUAAUUGCAACAAUUGUUGGAUAUGAGAAAAUUGAUCUACGAAGCUUGAGAAGUAUGGCCAAGAUACUAGGUACGGUUUGUUGUGUCAGUGGAGCCUUAACAAUGGCAUUUCUCAAAGGACAUAAGCUGUUACACAUGGAGUUCCUUCCUUAUAAGCAUCUCAGUCUCACAACCAGUGGAGGUGAGAAUUGGCUGCUGGGUUGUCUAUUGCUCUUAGCAAGUAGUGUUUUUUGGUCAUGUUGGAUGAUCUUGCAGGUACCAAUUUCUUCAAGCUGCCCAGACCAUUUAUUAUCGACCUUUUGGAUGUGUCUGUUUUCAACGAUACAGUCAGCCAUAUUUGCAUUGAUCAUUGAGCAGGAUCUUCAAGCAUGGAUUUUACAUUCACCUCUAGAAAUUUCAUGUUGUUUAUAUGCAGGAAUUGGAAUUGCGGUUAGCUUCUUCGCUCAAUCUUGGUGCAUAUCAGAAAGGGGUCCCCUGUACUGUGCAAUGUUCAAUCCUCUAGCAACAGUCAUCACAGCUUUGAUAUCUGCUACGUUCCUACAGGAAGAGCUAUACGUUGGAAGUGUGAUAGGAGCUGUUGGAGUGAUUAUUGGUUUAUAUAUUGUGCUAUGGGGUAAAGCCAAAGAGUUUGAUGGGAUUAAACAAGAGGCACCACAAUCAAACUUGCAAGAUGAUGAGAUACGUAGUAAGAUAGAUUUGGAAGAACCCCUUCUAUCAGAUAAAUCAGAACAUGUAGCAGAGAGCAAGAUGGAGCCCUGAUGACUAAACCAAUGAUAGUUUUGGUGAAAUUUGAUCACUUAAGAAUUGAUAAAACGAAGAGGAACAAGUGGCAGCUUAAAGAAACUUAACUUAAUACCCUUCACCAAAAUUUGUAAUGAAGUGAACGUUGAAAAAAAUAAAAAUAAAAAUCGAAGUUUUGCGUUCCGUUCUCAUUUUCUUACCUAGAAAUCCGUUCUUCUGCUUUUGUGUUAGGAAAAAUUAGGAGUUUUCCGCUCGUAAUUUCGUGUAGUUUUUCAAGUAAAUUGCUUCCAGCUUUUCUGUAUUUUAUUUUCAAUAUAUUUCAAACCUCU